GAGAAAUAAUAUGUGAACAUGGGAAGGCAAUCGGGGAGGCCGUGAACUACAUAAAUCGUCGCUCGAAGCCCUGAGCUUGGUCGCAUUAUGUAAUCCGUUCCCAGUGGAGUGCUAUUCCUCUGCCAACAUCCAGUCAAUUCCAUUGCUGGGACUGCACUUGAGACGAAACCAGACCGCGUUCGUCUUUGCCCCUCAGCAUACGCUGGGCAGAUCGUCCACGAGACGCAGCCACUAAAAAUAAUGAGCGGGGAAGAAAAGAUGAUGCCUAAAGUGUCGUCACCAACGUCGACCGUCAUCCGCCUCUUUGCGGCCUGGAAGGGCACCCUCCUCCUGAUUGCCCUUGGCAGCGCCAUUGUCGGCCCGGCAUAUGACACCUCUGGGGGUCUUCUCCUCGCCGACCGCGGUGGCGACAUCCUCGACAACCACAGCACGACCGCCGUCUCUGCUGUCCUCACUAGGCUUGUUAGCUGGGACGCUAUCUACUUCGUUGAGUCGGCAGACCGCGGCUACGUGUUUGAGCAAGAGUGGGCCUUUGGUUAUGGACCCCCUACCAUUAUCUCUUGGAUAGUUAAAGCGCUGAGAGCCUCGGGAUGGUCUUGGAGCGGCGUCCCAGCAGCGGCGCUCGUGGGCGUGCUAGUUGCCCAUGCGUCGCACCUUCUCUCGGCACUAGCGCUGCUCCGGCUCGGGAAUCUGGUCUGGCAUGACCAACCAGGCGUCGCCCUAACGGCGACCUGUCUGCACGUGCUCUCCCCUGCUGGGCUCUUCUUGUCCGCGCCCGUGGCCGAGGCUUCGUUCUCGCUGCUUUCGUUUGCGGGUAUGCUACUGUUUGCCAAGGCCGCUCGUGCCGGAUCCGUUGGGUCGGUCCUGGCUCGCGAUGGCCUUACGCUGGCGUCUGCAGUGGUGUUCGCCCUUGCCACGACCUUCCGGUCUAACGGUCUGCUGAACGGCAUCCCGUUCGCCUUUGCAUUUAUCUCCGAAGCUUCUGGCUUCUUAUCCCACCCCUCCGCAGCCACUAUCUGGAGGCUAGCUGUGCUGGGGCUGGGUGGGAUUUGCAUCGCUGCCGGGCUUAUCGUUCCGCAGGCUGUGGCAUAUCAACGAUAUUGUUUGCAGCCGCCAGGAACACCACUCCGUUCUUGGUGCAAUCAGACUCUACCCAGCAUAUACUCUUUUGUUCAGCGCGAGUACUGGGGCGUCGGACCGUUCCGCUACUGGACUGUGUCGAAUCUUCCGCUCUUCAUGCUUGCCGCUCCAGUUUUAUUCAUUCUUGUAAAGUCCGGCUGGGACUUUCUCGGCGCGCCCCGGGGCAUCCCUCAAACGAGUGGAAAGACGGCCCAGAGAAAAGAAGACACCGCCCAAUAUGCCGAUGGGGGACUUGUGCGAAGUAUGGCUGCGGCGCAAGUGCUGCUGUCAGUCAUGGCUCUGACGAGCUACCACGUCCAGAUAAUCACUCGCCUUUCAUCUGCAUACCCAGUCUGGUACUGGUGGCUGGCGAAGCACCUCGCAGGGGAGGACGGAAGGCCAACGGGGUCCGCGAAAGGAUUUGUCGUGUUUAUGGUUAUGUACGCCUCUAUCCAGGGCGUGCUGUUUUCAUCAUUCCUCCCUCCGGCAUGAGCCCACGAUGUCUACUCUGCUUUCCUAUCCUUCAGCCAACUUCGCAUGUUUGGCUUCUGCACAUUCUUUUUGGCAUCAGGAUGCGAGACCACAUGUCGCUGAAAUACAAAAAGAAAUGAGGAGGCAGGGUUUGGGAAAACUUCUUUUAGCCAUCCUACAUCUCGGUACCUACCAUCCACACAUACAUAUAAACCGAGCCAGCACGUACCUGCCCAUAGCCGCAGCUCUUUAUGGCUUGCUAGAUAUCUGGUAUGCUUAGGCAAACGCGGGAGCGAGUAUUAGAUUAGACGAAAGGGUGUCAAAGCGCCUGCUCUGACUACAGAUCUCGGUUUGAAAGGCGGGAGAGCUAGUGACUGCAUGCGUAGUUUACCACCAAAUACGGGAAGUUGUGUCAAUAUACGGACAAGCUGAAGUUAAUUGUUG